AUGCCCCGCUUUGUCUGUUACUGCCCCGACUACCCCAACUCGCUCGAGCGCCGCCUCUCCGUCCGGGCGCAACACCUGGUAGCUGCCAAAGCGGACCUGGCGAAGGGCGAGAAUGAGAUGGGUCGGCAAAUAAUGGGCUCGCCCUUCCUCCCUCGGCCCGGAACUGCCCAACGCGACUCCCCUCCUCCCGCAGGCACACCCAACCUGGCUGGCAGCUUUAUGAUCUACCAAUUCGAGACGCGGGAAGAGUGUGUAGCGAGAUUGCAGGCGGAUGUGUACUGGACGGCGGGGGUGUGGGACAAGGAGCGGAUGGAGGUGGAGGAGCUGGCAUAG